AUGGAGAAGCUUACUCUCAUUCAUAACGAUUAUGAAGCAGUAUUAGAGAAGAUAGAGCUAUUCAUCUAUAUUGACAAUUUCUAUAUGGCAAAAGCCGAAAUUGAUCAACUCAUGCAGAAGGUGACUCAGACCGAAGAGAAGAUUUCCAAGUUGGUGAUUGCUCUUGGUGCAGUCGUUGUGAUGAUCAUUUCUCUCACUAUUAUGAUGAUUAAUUAG